GAUAGGUGAACUGCGUUCGGUAAUGUUAAGACUUUCUGUGGUGUGACAGAUCCCGUAUGAAGUUUUAAAGCGUGCUGUCGGUAGCUUCUUCCUUUGAAUAUCUGAGAACAAACCUUUAUACUGAUAAUUCCUCGGACUUGGACUCAUUAAAGGCGCUCUUCUUUUGCUUUAAAGCCCCCAACGUGAAUGCUAACUUUAGCCAAGUCGCUAGCUAUCUGAUCCACAACCCUCUGUCCUUUCUAGGAGUGCAGCCACGCUGAGUUGCUUUCUGGCUGUUUUAAUUUGAUAUCAAACUGAUGUCACAGCCUGCUGCUCUUUAUAACACUAAUAUAUGCUGUGCUGUCGAUGGCAGUUUUUGCUAUGCAGUUAAAUAACAGCUAACUGUCCCAUCCUGAGUGGUUUUGGAUAAGACAUCUCUCAGCUGUGUCUCCCAGACAUGGACGCUAUGGAGCUGUCUCGAUAGGACAAGUGUCAUUUGCUACACAGAGAGCCUCCUCCGUGUGGCGAACAGUCACUAUCAUCAUUUUCCCCCAGAACUACCCCAGCUCCUGCAUCAUCAUCCCUGAGCCAUCACCAUGUUGGAGGGACUCGUAGCCUGGGUACUAAACAAUUACCUGGGAAAAUAUGUCAGCAAUCUGAACACAGAUCAGCUCUCUAUUGCACUUCUCAAAGGUGCAGUGGAACUGGAAAACCUCCCGCUGAGGAAAGAUGCCCUCCGAGAAUUUGAUCUGCCAUUUGAAGUCAAAGCAGGAUUUAUUGGGAAGAUCACUCUUCAGAUCCCUUUCUACCGGCCCUAUAGUGACCCCUGGGUCAUCUCCAUGUCCCAGCUCAACCUGAUCAUCGGCCCCGCCCAACCUCAGGAGUUUGAUGUGGAGAAGGAAAACGAUGAAGCAAGGGAACGCAAAAAAUACCUCCUCAAGGCUCUUGAAGAUAAAUUCAGAAGCGAGUGUGAACAAAGAGGAGAAUCAUACUGGUACUCCGUCACUGCCUCUGUUGUCACCAGGAUUGUUGAAAACAUUGAGCUGAAGAUCCAAAAUGUGCACCUUAGAUUUGAGGAUGACUUUUCCAUCCCAGAGAAGCCAUUUUCUUUUGGCGUUUGCAUCAACAGCGUUUCUGCUCAGAAUCCUUCAAAAGAGUCGGUCCAGAAACCUUUUAGACAAAAGCAGUUGGAGAUUGAAGACUUCAGUGUUUAUUGGGAUACCGAGUGUGAAAUGCUGGGAAAGCUGCCUGCAAACCAGAUUCAGGAGGCAAUGACUCAGUGUAUGCAGAGUCGUGAGCACCAGUAUAUAUUUGAACCAGUCCGGGCCUCCGUGCUGCUCAGGAGAAACACCUCCAGGGAACCUCUGAGGUCUCGACACAACCCUCGGAUCGAAGGCCAGGUUCAGCUGGAGCCGAUGUCGUUACGUCUUUCACAGGUUCAGUACCAGCAGGUGAUGGUUUUCCUCAAAGAAGUGGAACGCAGAGAGAGAGGAAUGCUGUACAGAACAUGGAGACCCAAAGUCCCAAUUUCUGGAAACUGCCGCGCCUGGUGGCUGUUUGCCAUUCAGGCUAACCUGAGUGACAUCAGGGAGCUUCGGAGGCGAGGAAGCUGGGGCUUUGCACUUCAGAGAGCUCAGGACGCACAGACCUACACCAGUCUUUACUUCAAAAGACUUAAAGGCGUUCUACUGAUUCCCGAGGAGGAGGCUCAACUGGAACGAGUUGAAGAGGAGCAAACUCUAGAGGAGCUGCAAAUUCUCAGGGAGGUUGUCCAUGACUGGUUUCGAAAAGAGGAGGAGAUUGCGGAGAAUGUCCGAGAGCCAAGCGGCAGUCCGCAGCCUGGUCCAGCUAACACAUCGAUCCCUAAAAGCGGAAGCUCCAGAAUGAUUCAGUACUUGCAUUCUUGGUUCCCCGGUUGGGGGGGCUGGUAUGGAAAUGCACAGGAUCUGGACACACCUCAAGAACUUCUGCCAAGUCCUUCAUCUUGGGAUAUUCUAGCAGAGACAGAGGACCUGUUCGAUCCUUUGGAGGACUCCCAUACUCUGAACACGUUCACUAGACGAGAUCACAUCUUUGCACGACUGGAGUUCCUAUUAGAGAAGGGUGGAGUCACUCUGUUUCACGAGGAAAGGAGGGCGAACAUGAUGCAUGAAAGUGGAGUCAUCCAGCUGGAAUUCUCAGGAGUGAAGGUGAUGGUGGAAUCUCUUCCUCGCUCCGAGUCGUCCUUGCUCUCUGUUAAACUGGGCAGUCUGUUCCUCAGAGACCUAACCACUCAGGGCACCAUGUUCCCGUUCUUGGUGUCUCCCAAAAUGGACAAAGUUGUUGUUGCCCCUAAUCAAUCUACGAGUCAGCACAGCACUGCUACUGAAUGCAAUAGCGAAAGUACUUCUCCCGUGUUCGAGAUGAUAUAUGAGCGGAACCCUGUGAGAUCCAAAUUUGAGAGGAGGCUGGAAGUGAACACAAGUCCGUUAAAUAUAAUCUACAAUCCACAAGCAAUGAAAAAAGUGACUGAAUUUUUCUAUAAAGGAAGAGUUCACACUUCAGGUUUUGGCUAUCAGUCUGAGUUGGAGCUAAGGGUAGCAGAGGCUGCAAGGAGGCAGUACGACAAGCUGAAGAAGCAAACAAAGGCUGAGAUUCGACAGACCAUCGAUCAGCUGCUUGUUGGAGAGUUUAUUGAAAAUAGCAAGCGCUGGACAAUGAAACUGGAUAUUUGUGCGCCUCAGGUGAUUUUCCCAGAUGAUUUUCAGUCAGAAGAUCCGAUGCUCGUUGUGGUGGAUUUGGGCAGAAUACUUCUGACAAACUCUCAAGAUGACAAUAUCAUUAACUCUAAAGCUGCUGCACCUGAGGAGGAAGACCUGAGUGACGAUGAGUACCAAACUCCUCUAGCCACCCCACCUGGGUCUCCACCACCUGAAACUGACGUGCCUUUAAAAGCACAAUUGAAAAGCCUUGAACUUCCCAGCCUCAGAUCCCCGGAGGCUACAAAGGCCUACACCAAAAAGCUUUAUGAGAAAUACUGCUUAUCAUUUAAGGACCUUCAAAUAAUGGUUGGCCAUUAUAAGGACAGCUGGAAACAUCUCCAGGAAAGCGAAGUAGGACCGACACAUGUGGUUGAAAAGUUUAAUGUGCUGCUACAGCUUGAGCAGAGGCUGCGCUACACAUCAGACCCUCAGCUCCCAGGAGCUGUGCUGUCAGGAACACUGCCAGAUCUCAAGGUGCAUAUCAACCUGGAGAAGAUGACGGCUAUUAGGACUUGCCUCGCUCGGCUAAGCCGACCAGCUGCGAGUGAAGGUGAUCGAGGCGUAGUAAAGGAUUCUAACGAAAUGUCCCCUGAUGGUUCUACUCUCCGCCAUGACAAGAUUUUUCACAGAGUGGAUAGCUCGUGGAAACUCCAGGAUUCUGCCAAGAACCUCACCCAAAGUGUGAUGACAUUGGAGCAGCACACCCGGGAAGUUCUGGUAGAAUCCCGUCUACUGUUGGCUGAAUUCAAUCUUAACUACAUGCAGCUUGGUGUAGAGAGUAAUGGCCGCUAUAUAUCUGUUUUUAAAGUGUUCGGCACAAAUGCUCAUUUUGUCAAGCGACCCUAUGAUGUAGAAGUCUCCCUGACUGUUCAUGGAUUUCUCCUGGUCGAUACUCUACAGACGUAUGGCUCAGACUUUGAUCUGCUCGUUGCCUCUCAUAAGCAUCUAAGUUUUGACGUUCCCACUGGUAGCCUCAGAGAAAGCCAGCCAUCUUCUCCUGCCUCCUGUGAUGUUAGGACCUCUGAGCAUCCUGGAAUAAAUGCGGGGUCAUCUUCUGAUUUGUCCCCAUUAAGUUCCUUCCUAAAAGACCAGGAUGCCCUCAUUCGGCUCGAGUACCAGUUUGUCAGCUCAGACUGUCCCUCCAUGAACCUUGACAACUCCCUCCAGGUUACAAGCAUUCAGGUCAACAACCUGGACAUCAUUCUCAACCCUGAGACCAUGGUAGAGCUGCUGAAGUUCCUCCAAAAGUCUUUCCCCAAAGAAGAGAAUGUAUCAAUAGUGCAGGAGAAUCCUGCACAACUUUCCAGCGAGGAAGAAGACAGAACUUACCAGGCCACAUAUGCCCAGAACAAAGAGAUAACAGUUGAGAUUCAUCGGCUAAACCUGCUCCUACUUAGGACUGUCUCAUCUGGCACUGCCCUCAGUGUUGAGAAAAAAGGUUUGAAGAUUGCCACUGCUAGUAUUUCUGGUACCAAGGUCAACGUUUCCCUGGGGAGCCAUUUGGACAUCAGUGGUUCACUCGGAUCCAUGCAGCUAGUGGAUUUAACCCAGGAGGCAGGCAGAAACCAAUUCGUGGUCAGCAUUGGGAGUGUUGACGACAGCUCCUCAAGUCUCAAAGGAUUGGCAUUUCUAUCUGACAAGAGAGACUCCCCUAUAGAUGCUCUGAAUUUUCAGUUCAAGGAGAAAUCCCAAGGGGAGUGUUCUCUGAAGCUGGAAAUGGCAUCUCUGCACUAUAACCACUCAGCCAAGUUCCUGCGAGAGCUCAGUCUGUCAGCCAACGAGCUGGAAGACGGUUUCCGUUCCAUGUUGAAAAAUGCUGCCACUACAGUCUCAACAGUUCUCGCUACUAAAACCGCAGAGUACAGCGGUAGGGUUUCUCUCUUUGAGACCCCGUCUCGGAGAACACGGACUUCUAGCCACAGUUGGGGGUAUUCGUUCGACAAUGAGGAGGAUGUUUCCAUGGAGGAGCCUGAAUCGGCUCUGGACACUUUCUUGGUGAAGCUGACCCUCAAUGUAAACAUUGAGUCGCCAGUCGUGUCCAUUCCUCGGAAACCUGGACACCAGGAGCUCCUGGUCGGUCAUCUUGGAAGUAUAACAAUUCAGAACUUUCUCAAUGACGAAGACUCUCAAAGAGAAAGGCUGCAGGUCCUGGUGAAGGACAUCCGGCUGUAUUCAGUCAACAUGUGUAAUUUGGUUUUAAAGAAGGUACCAAAAGAGGAGGGAGCAGACCAUUUUUUGCAAUCUCACAAUGAAAACCUCAACAAAGAUGAAUCCCAGUUCACACGCCAUGAUUUCUUUGAAUCUGUCACACGAGGAAAUGCCUUCCACAUUCUUAAAGACACGACUAUGCUCUUUACGAUGGAGAAAGUUCCUGUUGAUGAGGGAUCCGAGUAUGUUUUGCUCACUGCAGACGAGCCCUUCAAAAGCACAGGCCAGCUAAAAAUUGAUGGAAAAUUUGUCAAUCCUGUUCAGGUAUUUCUGUGCAAGCCUGUCUAUGAGCAAGUUCUUCAGACUCUGGACAAUUUGUCCCUGAUUGAGGAGCAGCAUCCCACGCCCAGCCAGCCGCCAACUCCUCCUCCACCAACACCCUCAUCUGUCCGACCCCACUGCUUCCCAGACCCCCAAGGUGGUCUGUUUGCAAGGGAUCCUCCCACUAUCACCUUCUCCCGUUCGUCCCUUUCUUCUCCUAUAUCUCUGCAGUCUCACAGACCGGUUCUCCAGCCUCCCUCUUUCACUCAGCUGAAGGUCACCUUUCAUGUGGAAGAAUUGCAGGUCCAGCUCUAUUGCGAUCUCACCCAAGGUUCCCAGGGCCUGGUCAGUGUGCGCUUCCAAGAUCUGGAGGGCCACUUUACCAAAGAUCAUCCACAGUUACUUGAAGUGCAGCUGGCUCUGCGUGCACUGCUGAUGGAAGACCUCCUGGAUCAGAACCCCGAUUCUAAAUACAAACACUUGAUGAAGUCUCAUGGAGCCCCUAAGCCUUCAUCCUUCACUUCUAAAGAGUACCUUUCCCAAAGCUGCCCAUCAAGGUCCAACGCUUUCUCCCCUGACAUGCCCCGCUCCCUUCCUGCCCACAUAAAGGAAACGGAGAACGUCUUCCAGCCCUACCAGAGGCAUCCUACCACUCCGUCUAGCAGCCGCAAAUCUAAAAAGGACCCAGACUGUCCCAACACCCCUCCUCCUUCUCCAACACGCCACACCAACUCUCCUCAGCCCCCUUCGAACUUUGAUGACUCAUUAGUUCAUAUAAAUGUUCUGCUGGUGGACUCAAACCAUCCAGAGUUCAAAUCACGCUAUGGCAGUGUGGGGCGAAGCGUGGACGUAGACUUUAACUGCCUGGAUAUUUUGAUCACGCUCCAGACCUGGGUGGUCUUUCUUGACUUCUUUGGCAUCGGCUCCACAGCCAAUAAUCACGCAGUAAAGGUGGCAACAACCCCCCAACCAUGUCCAGGACAUUCUGUGUUUGAACCAGACAUCAGCGAGGAGGAGACGGCUCAAACUGUCAACACAAAGGUGGACCUGAAGGUUCAUGCUUUGACUCUCAUACUAAACAAGAAGCUCCAUGAACUUGCCAGAGCGAGUGUGUCCAAAUUAUCUGCGCAUGUUGAUAUGCAUGAUGGUGACCUGAGAAUGCAAGGUAGUUUAGGAAGUUUGUCCCUGAGUGACCUGACUCCACACGGGGACCUGUACCGAGAACGCUUCACUACACGAGGAGGGGAGGCGCUUGUUUUCAACAUACUGAAGUACGGCCAGCCUGAUCCUGAUCUGGAGCGGGAGUGUGAUAUCAAAGUGUCUUUGCAGAUGGCCUCAGUACAAUAUGUGCACACACAACGCUUCCAAGCUGAGGUUGUAGCCUUUAUACAGCAUUUCACCCAGCUACAGGACGUCCUCGGCAGACAGAGGGCUGCAAUGGAGGGCCAGGCUGUGCGUGAUCAGCCCCAGAGGGCUUCCAGGGUUCUCCUAGACAUUGAUGCUGGUGCUCCAGUUCUAAUCAUCCCUGAGAGCUCUCGGUCGCCGAGGGUCAUAGUGGCCAACCUGGGUCAGCUGAAGGUGCAGAACCUCUUUCUGCCGGCUGGGGCUCACGGAACCUUUUCCCUUCGAGAUAAGGAGCGUGUCAGGAAUGCAGCAGCGAGAACAAGUAAUGAGCAGGAGAAACCCAAAAGUUCUCCCUCCAGCUCAGGAAUCACACUCAGCAGACCAAAAGUUCUGCACACUGGGAACGUCCCGAAGGAGGAAGACCCAACGGGUUCAGAAGACCAUGUGUGUCUAUUGGACUGCAUGGCUCUGGACCUGCAGGAGAUGGACAUCUUUGCUGCAGAGCAUCUGCCUUGUCGUCCUUGGGACAGCGCUAGUAAACCUGAACCAUCGGACCUAAUCUUUCCUUCCUACUCUGUCCGCCGAACUGGAGAAAACCUUCUGAAGGACUGCUGCCGCCUGACGCUAAAGGUGGAGCGCAACCUGGACAAGGAGCUGAGCCAUGCAGUGCCUGAUACGUCCAUCCAUGGCAGCCUUUCAUCAGUGCACUGCUCUCUGGAUAAAAAGCACUACCAGCUGAUCAGAGGGAUACUCGAGAACAACCUGGGCGAGCCCAUAGAGGAGUUCCUCCGGCCGUAUAACCUGCAGGAUCCCAGCAGCUAUACGGUGUUGAGUGGAGCUGUGUUUACCAACCUGUCUGUCCUGGUGGACAUGACAGAUGUCAGCCUGGAACUGCUGGACAGCCCAACAUCUGCUGAAAACAGAAACUCCUUAGCCAGGUUUGACUCUAUGAAAUCCAAAGUGCUCUUUGAGAGUUUAUCUGAUGGCUCCAAAUCAGUGAACCUGGUGUCUCACUCUCUGUUGGCUUAUGAUACGAGAUACACUGGAACAAAUAAAAGCACUGAAGGAAUCCGUCGCAAUGUGUUUGAUUGCAUUCUGCAGCCAUCAAAAACGGGCAGCAAUCGUGCAUCCUUGCAGCUUGAACUACACUACAGAUCUACAUGCGACUCAUCCAGCUUCACAGUGGUCCUCAAUAACCUCAGGGUCUUCCUGAUCUUUGACUGGCUGCAGUUGGUGCAAAACUUCCUGCGGCUGCAGCCGGAUCAUCCAUCAGACAGUGCAGAGAUUCGGCCCAACUGCCAAAGUAAUACAAGCGCCAGCCCAAGCACAGCUGGAUCUGUGAUGCCGAAGACUGUGAAGCGUGGAGUGGUCACAAAGAGGUCCACAGUGUUGGUGACCCAGGACCGCUGCCUGGAAGUGAAGGUUAACGUGACGGGCACAGAGUUUGUGGUGGUGGAGGACCUGUCCUGUCUUGACACCAAUGCUAUAGUUCUAAAAGGCACCACAGUCCUCACAUACAAGCCCCGUUUGGCAGAUCGGCCCUUCUCUGGAAGUCUGGCAGGAAUAGAGGUGUUCUCGUGUCGGCUUGGCAGUGAGCAGGAGACGGCCUUGUCCAUCAUUGACCCUGUCAAUGUGCAGGUGGAGCUGUGUGGCAGUCCCACAUAUCAAAGCAGUUCAGGUCUCCUGGAUGCCUUUAAUGUUGAGGACAUCCCACCGCUGCUGGAGAUACAGUUUCCUGCUCUGGACAUUCGUCUCUCCUAUAAUGACAUCCAGCUUUUCUUAUCCAUCGCCAAGUCCAUCUCUGCUGCCAAAGCCCCCUCUGCUACUCCUGAUUCAACUGAUGCAACCCUUCCACCCAAAGAUGGUAUCAGGCAGAAGACUCAAAGUCUCAUGGAAAUCCAGCUUAGCCAUUUACAAAACCUUGGCUUUAAAAAAGAAGACUGCACAAAAGCCCUUAAACAGUGUAAAGGUCAGCUGGACCAGGCUGCCACCUGGUUGCUGGAAAACUCAGAGAACAUGGCGGGACAUCCCAGAGGCAGAGCAGACUCCGGCUCCAGCAGCCACUCUUGUCCUUUGUCUGGAGUAGAAGUAAAAGCUGACAGCGUCUGCAUCUGUUUCAUUGACGACUGCCUGGAUUGUGACAUCCCGCUGGCUGAGCUCACCUUCUCUAGACUAAAUGUGCUGCAGCGAAUCGGCUCCACCCAGGAAGGAAACGCCAGCUUCACUCUAUCCGGAGACUACUACAACAGGGAGUUGUCAGGCUGGGAGCCUUUCAUCGAGCCCUGGCCUUGCUUCCUGUCAUGGCAGCAACAGGCAGCUGGUCGCCUUCACCCUCCACGUCUGAAGAUCGGCGUUCGAGCAAAGCAGAGGCUCGAUGUCAACAUCACCUCAGUUCUGCUCGAUCAAUACAACACAACCAAGACAUCCUGGAUGGCUGAUUACUGCAAGGCGGACAGACAGACUCCUGCAUCAUCACCUCCUCUGCCCUGGUUAGGUUCCUCAGUUGACCCACCCGGCUUUGGACAGAGUGCACCUCUUGCUCACCUUAGAACUAGGAGCACAGCCAGCUUGACGUACCUCGAGCAGCAGAUACACUCCAGAGAUGUGAAGAUUUCCAAAAGGAGGCAACCAUUUGUCCCAUAUGCCCUGUGCAACCACACAGGGUGCACCAUGUGGUUUGCGACUUUGACCACAACUCCCACAAGGGUGGCGCUGUCACACAGCAGCAGCGCGGACUCCAUCGCUGAUAUCCAAAGCUCAGGAACGGAUGAUACUCAUAACAUCAGCCAGUGGAGAGAGGUGCUGCCCGGGGAGGAGAUCCCCUUUGAGUUUGAGGCCCGUGAGAAGCUUCGCCAUCGACACACUCAUGAGCUGAAGCUCCACCAGCUGCUGGUUCGGGUUUGUGGCUGGGAACAAGUCAAGCCCGUGUCUGUGGACAAAGUGGGAGUCUUCUUCAGAUAUGCUGCUCCAGACCGAAAUAAUUCGUCAAACACUGUUGGCAGCCCAGUCAGCAGGACCAACAUCAUCCACCCUCAUGUUUAUUUCUCUGCACUCCCUCCUGUCAGGGUGGUCUUUGCCAUCACCAUGGAGGGCAGCGCCCGGAAGGUCAUCACGGUGCGCUCGGCUCUGAUGGUGAAAAAUCGCAUGGAUGUUCAGAUGGAGGUGCGACUGGACAGUCCGUCUGCGCCUGACAAGCCGGUGGUGUUGCCUCCCAUCCUGCCCGGCCAGUCCCUAGCCGUCCCCCUCCACCUGACCACAUGGCGGCUGCAGGCUCGACCCAAAGGCAUGGGCCUGUUCUUCUGUAAGGCUCCGAUCCACUGGACCAGCGUGGAGCGACCGGGUGAGGUCAACAGCAGUAAGAGGGACUGCCAGUCAGCAGACUUUGAUGAUUCAGCCAAACGCAAUUUCAGAUUCUGUGUGGUCAUCAAAAAGGAGAACUUUCCGGAGCAGCAGCCUGCAAGGCGACAGGUUUCUGGCAGCGCUCAGCAGAUCUAUCGGCAGCCGGGACAUACCAUCUACCUGCUGCCCACCAUGGUGCUGACCAACCUGCUGCCCUGUGACCUCAACUUUUACAUUAAAGGAAUGGGCAUCAGAGGCUCGCUGAAGCCGGGGAAGGAAGCUGUGCUUCACUCUGCUGACACAUCCCAGAACAUGGAGCUGGGCAUCCUGCUGGAGAGCUUCCCCGAAUGCAAAGAGCUGCUGAUUCCGCCUGGCACUCAGAACUAUGUGGUGCGCAUGAGACUGUAUGACACCAACAAACGGCUGCUGUGUCUGACCAUCCGUAUCAUCCUGAGAGCCCAAGGAGCUCUGAAGAUCCUGAUCUCUGCUCCCUACUGGCUUAUCAACAAGACAGGUCUGCCAUUAAUUUUCCGUCAGGACAACAGUAAAACCGAUGCAGCGGGACAGUUCGAGGAGCAUGAGCUGGCCCGGAGCCUCAGCCCCAUACUGUUCUGUUACACAGACAAGGAGCAGCCAGCCAUGUGCACGAUGAGAAUUGGAAAGGGGAUCCACCCAGAUGGAGUUCCAGGCUGGUGUCAAGGCUUCUCCCUGGACGGAGGCAGUGGAGUCAGAGCGGUGAAAGUCAUCCAGCACGGAAAUAAGCCGGGACUCAUCUACAACAUAGGAAUCAGCGUGCGUAAAGGAAAAGGAAACUACAGAGACACUCACAUAGUGACCUUUGCCCCACGGUACCUGCUGGACAACCACUCCAGUCAUAAACUGGCCUUCGCUCAGAGAGAGUUUGCAAGAGGAAUGGGUGCCUCAAAUCCAGAGGGCUACUUAUCUACCCUGCCUGGAUCCAGCGUCGUCUUCCACUGGCCCAGAAACGACUACGACCAGCUGUUGUGUGUGCGUCUCAUGGACGUCCCCAACUGCACCUGGUCCGGAGGCUUCGAGGUCAACAAACCGAAGUCUUUCCACGUCAACAUGAGAGACACUCUGGGGAAAUGUUUCUUCCUGCGGACAGAGAUCAGCCUCAAAGAAGCCACCUACCAAAUUUCCUUCACAGACACGGAUCAGCUGCCUCCACCUCUCCGCAUCGACAAUAUGUCAGAGGUUCCAAUCCAAUUCUGGCAGCACGGUGUGGCUGACAUGCGGCUGCACACCGAGGUGAAGGCUGGGUCAGUUCUGGACUAUGCCUGCGAUGAGCCCACACUGCCCCCGUACAUCAGCCUCACCGUGAAAGGAGCGGGAUCCUCCGAAGUCACGGCAGACAUGAACUUCUUCAGGGAAUACAACAAGCUCUACUACGAGAACUUCAUCUACAUCGCAGCCACACACACCUUCUCUCAGAAUGCGGAGAGGAGGCCUGCUGGGAAGCGGCAUCUGGAGAGCUGCGCUGAGCUGGUUCUAGACGUCAAUCCCAAGACUCAAAGGGUCAUCCUGAGAAAAAAGGAGCCAGGGAAGCGCUCCCAGCUUUGGAGGAUGACUGGGGCCGGCAUGCUUUGCCAUGAAGGCUCCUCUCCACCCCAGAGCAAACCGGCACAGCCUCGACCGCUCGACACCUCCUUGGUGCUGGACAUAGCCGGGCUAGCAGCUGUCAGUGACAACAGUUUUGAACCACUGAUGCUGAGGAGGCCUGACUCUCGCCGCAGCACUACGCAGACCUGGUACUUCAGCUCAGGCAUGCUGACAUGUGGCCUUCCACGGCUGGUGGUGCAGGUGAAAAGAGGCGUUGCGGGACUUUACGAUGGAGCUGAAGUGGUUCUGGGACCGGAUUCAGGUCUAGAACAGCCUGGUCCAGAGCAGCAGUUCAUAAACCAAAAGAUGAGACCUGGAUCAGGGGUUCUGUCAGUCCAAGUUCUCCCAGAUGGACCGACGCGUGUCCUUCAGAUCAGUGACUUCAAUCAGAGAAGAAUGUUGUGGAGCUCCUCCAGCACAGAACAAGACGGCAGCAGAGAAGAAGAAAUUAAGAUGGAGCCUGAAAAGGAGCUGGAGGUGUUGGUUAACCUGGAGGAGGGCCUGGGCGUCUCUUUGGUCAACAAAGUUCCUGAGGAACUUGUUUUCGUAACGCUGUCUCAGGUGGAUGUUCACUUCACCCGCACUGCAGCCAAUGAAGUCCUGGAACUGAGCAUCAAGAACAUCCAGGUGGACAAUCAGCUGCUGGGCACCACCCAGCCUGUGAUGCUGUGUGUGACGCCCAGUUCUGGGGAGAGCGGUGCAAAUGACAGCGGUCCUGCCCUGCAGGUCAACUCAGUCAAAGUUCCCAGCAGCCUCAUGCUAACGGAGCUCUUCAAGCACCUGAUGGUGACGGCGCGGCGCUUCACGGUCAUCAUCGAGGAAAAGCUGCUGCUAAAGCUGCUUAGCUUCUUCGGUUAUGGAAAGGCUGAAGCUGAGCUGGAGAAACUGGAUGAAAACCUGCAUGAGAGGCCCAGUGAGGAUACUGGACCCCGUAAACGCUAUUACUUUGAGAAUCUGAAGAUCAGCUUGCCUCAAAUCAAACUCAGCGUCCUCCCCUCUCACAAACUUCCCCCAGACCUAAAGGCUUUAAAAGGCACUCUCGGCUUCCCCCUGAUCCGUUUUGAGGACGCAGUCAUCAACAUGUACCCGUUUACCAGAGUGCACCCUUACGAGACCCAAGAUAUCAUCAUCAACGACAUCCUCAAGCACUUCAGAGAGGAGCUCAUGAGCCAGGCAGCUCAGAUCCUCGGGUCCGUGGACUUCCUGGGGAACCCUAUGGGCCUCCUCAAUGAUGUCACAGAGGGCGUUUCUGAGCUCAUAAAGUAUGGGAACGUAGGAGGCUUAAUACGCAAUGUGACGCACGGAGUAUCCAACUCUGCUGCCAAGUUCGCAGGAACAUUAUCAGAUGGCCUUGGUAAAACCAUGGACAACCGGCACCAGAGUGAGCGGGAGUACAUCAGAUACCACGGCGCCACUAGUGGAGAGCACCUGGUGGCAGGGAUUCAUGGACUCGCUCAUGGUAUUAUUGGGGGAAUGACGAGCAUCAUCACCUCUACGGUGGAGGGGGUGAAGACAGAGGGUGGAGUCAGUGGCUUCUUCUCAGGACUCGGUAAAGGUUUGGUGGGUACUGUGACCAAACCUGUUGCUGGAGCGUUGGAUUUUGCCUCAGAGACGGCCCAGACGGUCCGGGACAUAGCCAGCCUCAGUAACCACAGACUCACUGUGCAGCGGGUCAGGAAGCCUCGCUGCUGUAAGGGUCCUCAGGGUCUGCUGCCCCGAUACUCCAUCACACAGGCAGAGGGGCAGGAGCAGCUAUUCCGCCUCACAGACAACAUUCACUCUGAGUUCUUCAUAGCAGUGGAGCCGAUCGACACCUACUGCGUCCUAAUCUCCUCCAAAGUGGUUUACUUCCUGAAGCCAGGGGACUACGUUGACCGAGAGGGAAUCUUCCUGGAGGUCAAAUACGACGACCUCUUCCACUGUCUAGUGUCUAAGGAUCAUGGGAAAGUCUACGUGCAGCUCACUAAGAAAGCAGAGAACACCAGCAGUGGGGUGGCUAUUCCCGGGCCGUCCCACCAGAAACCCAUGGUCCACGUGAAGAGUGAGAACCUCGCUGUGAAGAUCUCCCAGGAAAUCAACUAUGCCAAGAGCCUGUACUACGAGCAGCAGCUGAUGCUGCCGGAUGAUGAGAACGAGGAGUUCAUGCUGCUUGAAUUCUGAUGCAGAACUUUUCCUGCUGGGUUCCUAAAGCUUCUCUGAUGAGACUACAGGAUGUUGUGCUGACCUUGUUUGAGCUGCUGUGAAUAGAAAACAUCCACCUACCUUUGACCUGUCGUCAUCCCGAGCACUUUCAGACACAUGAACUUAAAACACUGAGUAAACCACUAUUUUUUCUGGAUGUUCAUCGACAAACAGAACUGUAAAUAUGUCUACAUAGAAGCUCUAUAAACUGUAUAUAUGUUGUGAUAAUAAAGAUAGGAUGUUUAUGAGACGAUCAUAUAAACUCUAACAAAUUGCCUUUUAGAUCUGUGUGUUUGUAUGAUAGUAUACAAAAAACCUGAAGGAGGUGAGAUGUGCAGGACUCGGAGAUUAGAUUUUUUUUUUUUUACUUUCACAGACUUUCACUUUUUUAGAGAUUUUAAUGAGCCAGUGUGGUUAAAUAAGCACAUAUCAAAGAAUCCCUGUCUGCUCGAGUCCCAGCUGAAUCAAAGGACAGGAAUAUGAGGAGGAAGGACUUUAUCUGAGAUUCUGCAGCAAAUAAAGCAUCAGACAGCGGGACUCAGCGUUUUGUGUCUCUUCUUCAUCGUAUCAGGAGACGGAUGAGUUUUACUACACAGGAUUUUCUGUAGUCACACCUGCUAUCCUUUAUGUUGAAGUAGUUUGAUCAGUUCAGAUGACGCAAACCUUUGAAAGCUGCUAUUUAAUUUCAGGAGUAGAUUUUCUCCUGAUAUCUUGGUUUCAGGUGUUUUAUGGAGAAUUCUGCUCCUUUUGACUGAUGGAAAGUAUUUGAAGGCACCAUUUCAAACUUAACU